AUGGCUUCUUAUGCUCCUUCAACAUCAAAUAAUUCUUUGAAACAUGUUGAAUGGAUGUGGCAAUCGAAUCCAGACCCUUGGUCAAAAUCGGAGCCAGCAACAUGGAGCCAUUAUUCUGAUUUGGAAAAUUUAAUCAUCGAAGAAGCAUUUCAAGAUGAACAACCACAAGCACUUUUGGAUGAUUAUUACAUUGAUUUCAAAAGUAAUCGUCAAAUAUUGAACACUGACAAGUACAAACAAAGGCCGAUUAAACGUGUAGAGCGUGAAAGAGAAGACAAACAUUUACGAGAAGCACGUUUUAUGGACCUUCCUGUUGGUAAAGGACGUUCAUUUGGUGGUCAAUAUGGUUGGGUAUCUCCAUUUGUAAUUGAAGUCAGAAGACACUUGAAACUUGAACCGGAUGAUUUACCUUCCAAAAAGUCAAACAUGAUCCCAAUGCUCAUAGAACAAGCUGCUCGUGGUAUAAUUGAAGAAGGAAAACAUAUUGGAAAAGAACGAGAAGCCGAAAAAUUGGCUAAAAUGCUCAGAGAAAAGAAGAAUGCAGGAAUGGAAGAAGUAUGGAAAUGCUGUGCUUAUCUUUACACAUUGGAAAGCUUUCUGUACAAAACAUUGAAUGCAGCUAUGAGAUUAGUAGGUGACAAAGAACAUGAACAAGUUUGGCGACGUAAAGUUCGGACAUUGGGUCCAUUUUCUUUAUUACUUUGGGAUGAUCCAUUUAAUACAAAACUGACAACCGAAAAGACACUUUAUCGAGGAGCCGAACUGACUAAGGAACAGAUCGCUAGUUAUGAAGAAAUGGCAAAAGACAAGACAUAUGGAUCAUUUCAAGCGUAUACAUCGUCUAGUCGAAAUCGUAAAAAAGCAGAAGAAUUUGGAAAUACAUUGUUCAUCAUGGAAGUAUUUAUAGCUUUUAUUGCUGAUCUUAGUCUAUUAUCCGAAUAUACUAAUGAAGAAGAAGAACUUGUUACGCCAGGUGUCUGUUUUUUUGUUAAAAGUGUUGAAUUCGAUCGCAAGACUAACAAACAUUUGAUCCACUUGCGACUACAACAACGAUUUUCGAGUAAGCAAGACAAUAUCUUUUCUAAUGAAUUUUUCAAUAUGAAAAUAUCUUUUCAUAAAAUUCUAUCCUCAUUCGAUAUAUCACAUUAAGAUCACGAUAAUUAACAAAAUGACAAUCUCGUCAUAAAUCUUGAAUUCUGUAUAUAUUAUCCUAGAUAAUAGAUUAACGGGUAAUCCAAAAUUUAAUAUCCAAAUUUUAUUCAUAUUUUAUGGAUUAAAGCAUAUGUGAACAACCUUUAAAAUAUAUCUACAGAAUCAAAGGAGUUACCCAUCAAAAGAAUUACCUUCUAAGUAUUGCCUAAAUAUCUCUUCCAGUUGUAGACGAUUCCACUUGCACUUUUCAAAAGACAGCCCGUAAAAUUCUCUACAAAAUCGCAUUGCAGUAUCUCUUUAAAACCAUCACUGAAAAAAUAUACCUGAUUAUUAAUACUAUGCUCUAGUAAGAUUUAUCUUCAACGUUUUGUUCUUAUUUUUUCAAUUUUGCGCUACUCUUUGAUCUAAACUGGAACAUUUAAAUACUCCAUUUUGAGCCAACCAAACGCUGUAUCAGUUAUGCAAGUAGCUUUUUUCGCCGUACUGUAUGCCUUCUUUAUUCACGUUUUAAGGAUUUUCUACACAGAUUCCCUAAAACGUUUAUUUAGUGAAGUCGAAUUUUCCACUAAUGCGGCUGCAAUUUUAUUACUAUCUUUGAGGAAAUUGUUUUUCUAAGAUUUAGACCUGAGAGGACUUUUGCAAAGGCUUUCUUCUUCGGAGAGUCGUGUGAGUAAGAAGAGUAAUCAAUGGUUUCAACCUGUUUUUCCAAAAACAUUGGUCAUAGGGAACGGCAGAAAAAUUAUCUGGAGACUCCUUGUCUGAACUCUAUUGGAACAAGUUCACUUAAAACCAUAGAAAGGCUGCUUUAGAAUAAUACUAGCUGAAGUACCCGGCGUUGCUCGGGAUAGUUCAAUCUUAAUAUAUGCAUGAAAAAUACGCAUUGGGCUCGACAGCAUGUAGAAAAUCCUGACCAGUGGGGAGCCUCGUUGGGAAACCUGUUCGUAGACAACCUAACAAAAUAAAUGCCCUGUGAUUGAAACAAAGUAUAACAACAAAUCUAAUUGAUCUAAAGCCUCAUUUUAACAAUCCCUAUUGAUCGAGUGAAUUAGAACGGCAAAUCGUACUUUGUACUGAUCGAAUCACGCUGAAUUCUGAUUUGUUGCAAAGAUGGACAGACAGACAGUUUUUUGUGCGACAGAGACCUUGUUCAGCAACGUAAGAAGUCUAUUUCUUUGAGCUAAUGAUUGACGCACAGACUUUUGAACCUGACAAACUGUUUAUUCGAAAUCCCGGCCUCCGACGACCUCCCGGAGACCAGUUUCCUCAAAACUCGAUUUGUACUUAGGGAACUCCAAAAUCACUUUUUUUAGUCCCGGUCCCGGUCCCGGUCAAAUUUUUUUCCAGUCCCGGUCUUUGACAAUGGUUUCAUUUCUAAAAUCGAGCAACUUUUUUUUACGAUCUGUGUACUUUUAUGAAUACAUAAAAUUGACAUGAAUAAUUUUGAUUCGUUAACAGUACGAAAAUUCUUUUAUAUCCAGUGUUAAAGUGGAAGAAUUUCACUGAAAGCUCGAAUAAAUAAAAAUAACCAUUGAAUUUUGUUAAAAAUUUUCAUAUACUUCGUAGCAGUCAUUUACUUAUUUCUCUCUUCUUUUAUAUCUACUGCUCUACCUAAUGGAUCUAUUAUCGAAUUGAUUAUUUAUACUGAGUAGCCAUUACGAUUGUCAAAAAAAAAAAAAUUAACGGCGAUACAUAUCUGUUUACUAUUAUCUGAUAAGACUUCAAUAAAGGAAUCAUCAAAGAAUGAACAAAUUAAACUUACGUAUAUAGUGUUGUGUUGGUUGUUUUAUAUGUAUUCAAAAACCUGUGCAAUUAGAAAACUCAGAUUCUUGCAAACAGACUCGUAAUCAGUAAAGACUUUUAUAGAAAUAGCAAAUAAAAAUAUCUGAUUUACAGAUCUUAAAUCAUGUCAAAAUAAUAAACGUGAAAAUAUAUUGCAUAAAAACUGACCGGGACCAAUGUGAAAAAUUUUUAGUCCCGGUCCCGGUCCUGGUCCCGUGAAAAAAGUCAAAUUUUGGUCCCGGGACCGGGACCACUUUGCAGUUCCCUAUUUGUACUUGACAUGGAUCGCCCAGUAGAGCGCGGCCGGUCUAAUAGAGUUUUGAGAUCAAUAGACUUAAGAUUCCUAAUACCCUUUUCCCGACCAUCCAGUGAGGUUACUUUUCCCAAAAACUCGAUUUCUAGUGAUUCAUUCUCAGAAAACUCAAUUCCUGUUGAUUUCCGGCUAACCCGAAGAAUUUCGAAGUGAAUGGACAUUGAAUUCGAACUCAUCACGUGUAGAAACCAUUAGAGGACUGCUUGCGCGAAAAUCCAAUUUAGAUUAGCUGAUUUCUUUGCAGCUAAAUUCCUAUUGGUUCCAAGUCAACCAAUAGGAUUUCGAGGUGAAUUGACCUUGGAUUCGAACUCGCCGCCUUUGAAAACCCCUACCGGCUUGUUUUUGUGAAACGCAAUAUUCAUUAGCUGGUUUGUUAGCGGCUGAAUUCCUAUUGAUUUUCAGCCAACCAAUAGGAUUUCAGGCAGAUUGACCUCAGAUUCGAACCCACCGUCCUCGAAAACCUAUGAUGACUUGUCUUCUGUUUGAUCACGGAGUGCUGUUUAGUAGUUCUCCUGUACUAUCGAACGCUGCAAUCUCAUUGGUCAGAUAUAUUGUCCGGCCUUUUGCGGGCAGAUGAUCGAUAUUUUUUCGGUAAAAAGUAGUUGUUGACCUUUCCCUGGACCCGAGGGUGUGCCAUACAAAGUUUGGUUGCUCUAGCUCUUAAAGGGACUGAAUGCAUAAAGAACAAACAAACACACAAACUUUCUUCUUUAUAUAUAUAGAUGAAAUCUGUUUAGUUAGACGAGAAAUAAUUAAUUUUCAUUAAAACAAGUUACAUAUAGAGCGAGGCUUUUUGGACUAUUCUACUACUGAUCAAAUGUCUUUUCCAGUUACAUUUUUAGAGAAAUACUUUUAUGGAAUUUUGAAAACAAUUUUACAACUUAUCUUUUGUAAUAAAAUACAAGUCAAACUCUCAGUGAUUGAAAGAGAUAUUUAAAAAAUAUGUCGAGAGUAAUUUUUUGAAGGCCACACAUUACAUUGAAAGCUGUGUUCACUAUAUGUAGUGAAAUGUUCUACAAGGUAUUGUUUUGUAAUAGUGACCAUCACAGAAUGAAUCGAACCGUUUUUUUCUGGAUCGAGUUCGGCUCAAUAUUACUCUCUGAUCAACAUCCUCUUAGAACUAAGAACUUUGUUAUUCUGUCCAGUGGAAGACAUUGAACGGUGCUGUUCUUUUCAGAUUUGGCAUAACAUUCCAUUCUCUGCAGCCAUGUUAGAAACCCGUACGAUGUCGCCUUCAAGUGACGCCACAGAAAACUUGAAAAAAAAUUAAUUUAACAUAUUGAGUUCAACCUGAAUGUAAAAACAAUAAUGAGCCGAUAAAAUUUUCGAGAGCUAAAAGACCCAAUUUUUAAUAAAAUUAAGUGACAUAAUGGUUAUGAAUGAUCUGAAAUAUUGGCUCUGUGAAUAUCUUUGUGGUAAUGCGUAGAAAAUUCGAAAAAUCGAGCAUUGAGUAAAACAAUAGGAACAUUAAUCUAAAAGUGGCUUUGUAUCUAGGCUUGAGUUUUCUUCAUGUUAUCUGAAGAAGUUCCGGAGCAUUGUUCGUAUGAUUUGUCCCAAAACAGAACUGGUAAUCUUAUAAUGAAGAGAUAAGCAUCCUAGGCUGAGAUGGAUCGAAAGAAAUAGCAAAAUUUCAACGGAACGGUAUCUUCUGUUCAAUUUCGUAUCUAUUACAGGUCAUAUAUUAAUGCUCUUUAAAGGCAUGAUUUUUACUGAAAGAUAAGAGCUGAUGGAACAUAUUUGAACACAAAAUUAGAAAGAAGUUUCUAUAUAGAUUCUAUGCAUGUAUUCUAGAGUUUUUUCACAAAUGUAUCAGCCGAUGAAAAAUGAGUCGAUGCUUUUUGCAUGAACUUUUCCAUCGCGAAUUAAUUAAAAUUUGUUUAUAUAAAUUUAAACUACGAUCUAUAAGUAUCUGUACAAAUAUCAAGACCUACUGUGUUCGAAUCCAAAAUGCUGAAAGCCUAAUUGUUUCAUUCACAGAUAGAACAAAUGUGCAUAGUUUAAAUAGCAUAUUUAGACUAAUAUUAUCUAUAUAAUCCAAGUUAUAAAAUUCUAAUAUUAUUAAAAUCCAUAAUUCCAAGCAUUUCUUGUUCUAAUUUCCAUUAUGUUGAGUAAAAAAUGCGAUAUAAUCUUUAAACUUCUGAAAAGAAGAUUGUAGAGUAUUGGAUUUUUGAAAAUCGAUUUUUCACUUGCUUUUUUCCUGUAUGCAACAUAGUCAUCAAUCACUAUUAAAAGCAAAAGGAAUAGAUUCAAUGCUUUUCUAAAAAGCGUUUUAGGUAAAUAUUAGAAGAGAAAAGCUUAGAAAGAUGUUCAAUACAUGAAGCAUUUUGAAUCUUACAAGAAUAUGAGAAAAAGUAAUUCUAUUAUACUCAUAAAUAGCUGAAGAAUAAUUAGUUUAGAAAAUUGUCUUUUGUGUCAAUUUCGACAUAAAUAGAUAUUUCAAUAAAUCAAAGAGAUUAAUUUCACUUGACUUAAAUUCUUUGUGCUUGAAAAAAUGUCUCUAUAUUAGUUUUGUUACUGGUUGAAAUGUCUUCUUUAUAAUUAUACCUAUUUUAUUUGAUAAAACGUACUCACAGUAAGUCUUCAUCUACUUUUUGGGAAAUAUUCAAAGAAUCUUGUUUUAAAAAUCAUCUAUUUUCAUUUUGUUUUAUUCGCCAAACUGUUUGACUUGUUUUAAUCGAGUUUUAUUUCACUUUUUAAACAGUAGCCUCAAAAGUGUACGCCUUUUUGUUAGAGUUAUCUCAUAUAUGUUUUGUUUGAAGGUCAAACCUAGGUUCUGAUCGUCAUUCAGGAGCGAAUGUUUAAUUUGUCUAAUCAAAUAAUGAAUAAAUAAACAUUGUUGCGUUAUUUUUCGAGCAAUUUAUAGGUCUAUUACAUACUUAUAUUUGAGAAAAAAAAAAUAGACGAGAACAUGAUAUUUCCUCUUCGUGAUUUAUAAAAGCUGCGUGAGAAAAAAGUAAAAUAAAUUUCUUUUUCAAUCGUUUCCAUAACUCAAUUAAUAAUGACCUAAAAAGUUAAUUAUUAUUACCAUUUUGUACUUUUCUGGAAGAUAUUUUAAAUCAGUCAGGUUAACUCAAUUGGGAAAUUCUCCAUUGGUUAUACAUUUGGUUAUUUUCUACUUUUACUAUGGAAAAAACGAUAAGUCAUUAGGAAAUGAAAAUUACUGCGAUUUAAAGCAUUCCAGAAAAAACAAGCGUGAAAAAAUACGUGAGUUUAAAAAAUUGCCUCUAAAUCAAUAAUAUGACUUGAAAAAAACGAGCUGAUACAUUCUUCAGCUUUAACGGUAUGAGUGCUUCUUAACACGCUUCAAGUCGACUUGUAUAUCGAAAAAUUCACCAUUAAAAGUGAUAUUGUUUUGAAAAGCAAGUAAUUCUCUCUGAAUUUUAUAUUUUAUUUAAUUAGUUAUAUAUAGGAAGAAUAUUUAUGAAAUAUGUCCAUACAUAAUGUUAGAUAAAUUCGACAAAGAUCGUUCAGAGAUUCAUUGUUUCUUUCUCGUGAUAAAAUGACGAUUUAAUACUCAGAUGAUACCUU